CCUGGCUAGCUGGGCACACGCGAGCUCCACUCCCCGGGGAAGGCGAGAGAGGCGUCGGGCGCGGGGCUGGCCGCUUUCUCUAAGCGCCGUUGCGGGGGCUUUUGCAACCGGCUUCCUCCCCUUUCACCCCCCGCCUUCCACCUUCGGGCCCAGUUCCUCCAGCCUGUAAUACUGGCUCCCCCAGCAGCCCACCGAGGGAGGUCCAUAUUCUCCCAAUAUGGCGGACGAAGACCUGAUAUUCCACAUGGAGUACCUGGACAACGCCUCGUUAACCAAACCAGGUUGUGGGAAUUGCCACGAGGCGGACAGCGACGAGGAGGAGAAUUAUUACAUCUGCCCGAUUACAGAUGACCCCGUUUUGAACAAGGCAGCCAAGGACAAAGUUCAUAACUAUUACAGCAACCUGGUCAAAAAUGAGAGUUAUUCCACCAGCUCUUCUCCCAGGAAUUCCUUCCAUGUUAGGAAUGGGACUCAGCACCCCCCUAAGGGCAGCGCUCAGACUGACCGUGGACGGGAAGCAUGGAAGCAUGCAGUUGAGAAAGCUAAGCACAUGCCUGACCCCUGGGCUGAAUUUCACCUGGAAGACAUCAAAAUGGAAAACGUCACCCGCUACAGGUACAAUGCCGUUACUGGAGAAUGGGUCGAAGACGAAGUCUUGAUCAAAAUGGCUGCACAGCCUUUUGGCCGAGGAGCGAUGCGUGAAUGCUUCCGGACGAAAAAGCUGUCCAAUUUUCUGCACAUGCAGAAUUGGAAAGGGGCCUUUAAUUACGUGGCAAAGCGGUACAUCGAGACGGUCGACCGGGCAGUCUAUUUUGAGGAUGUGCGGCUGCAGAUGGAAGCCAAGUUAUGGGGAGAAGAAUAUAACCGCCAUAAACCUCCCAAGCAGGUAGAUAUUGUCCAGACCUGCAUAAUUGAAAUGAAGAAUAGACCGGGGCGACCUCUUUACCAUCUGGAACAUUACAUCGAGGGGAAGUACAUCAAGUACAAUUCGAACUCGGGAUUCGUACGAGACGACAACAUCCGUCUGACCCCACAGGCCUUCAGCCAUUUCACCUUUGAACGCUCCGGACACCAGCUGAUCAUCGUGGACAUCCAAGGGGUUGGAGACCUGUACACAGAUCCUCAGAUCCAUACUGAGAGCGGCACGGAUUUUGGAGACGGGAAUCUCGGUGUGCGGGGGAUGGCCUUGUUCUUCCAUUCUCAUUCCUGCAACCAGAUUUGUCAAAGUAUGGGGCUGAUGCCUUUUGAUCUCUCCUCCAAAGAGAAGGACGCCUUAUUUCGUAGUAGCAAACUACUUGAAUUGGCUCAGACUGUUGUGCGGGGCACGGAAGAGAAGUGUGGCAGUAGCCGGGUGCGAACCGUCUCCGGCAGCCGCCCCCCUCUCCUUUCCCGUCUUUCUGAAAACUCAGGGGAUGAAAGCAUGAGCGACAUGGCGUUCGACUCCUUGCCGUCCUCACCGUCUUCAGCCACACCUCACAGCCAAAAGAUGGAGGGUCUUCAUUGGCCUGUCUUCAAUGAAGUCGACAACUUGGUUCACAAAGACCACGAAGGCCUUGAUAAUCAGCGGGAUUCUGAAAAUGGAGGGGACAGUGGGUGCCCCAGUGAGAAAAGGAGCGAUCACGAAGACAUGGAUCACCGGGAAAAGGGCCAUCCUAACUGCAACCGGAGACACGAAUCUGAUGAAGACAGCUUGGGAAGUUCUGCUCGGGUCAGCGUGGAGAAAUGGAAUCUCUACAACGCCGCCCGAGUUCACAUUCACCGACCUUCUUGUGUUGCGGUAGAAGUUCAGAGACUCAACGGCCUGGAGCUGGAGAAGAAGAUUGGAAAGUCCAUCCUUGGGAAGGUUCACCUGGCCAUGGUUCGUUACCACGAAGCUGGCCGAUUUUGCGAGAAGGAUCAGGUGUGGGACCAAGAUUCAGCUCUCUUCCAUCUGGAACACGCAGCCGAGUGUGGAGAGCUGGAGGCCAUCGUAGGGCUGGGCCUCAUGUAUUCUCAGCUAUCUCAUCACAUCCUCGCAGAGGUCCUUCUACAGGACACAAAGCAAAACAGAAUCAAGGGCUUUGAAUAUUUGCGCCGAGCAGCCGAAGCUGGCGACCGUCCUUCCAUGAUUCUUGUUGCAAGAGCUUACGAUACGGGCGUGAACCUGGCGCCAGACAGAGAGCAGGAUUGGAAAGAAGCUCUGCAUUGGUACGACAAAGCUUUGAACAUGACCGAUUAUGAUGAAGGGGGCGAGUAUGACGGCACUCAGGAUGAACCGCGUUAUCUCCUCCUUGCCAAAGAGGCAGAGAUGCUGAUGACGGGAGGAUUUAACUUGGACCAGGAUCUGCAGAGGUCAGGAGAUCUUUACACGGAAGCCGCCGAAGAUGCUAUGCAAGCGAUGAAAGGCCGGCUAGCCAACCAGUACUACCAGAAAGCCGAAGAGGUUUGGGCCAUGAUGGAAGAAUGAAAAACAGCAAAAGGCCCUCUCUUUCCUUGUAUAUUUCGAUACAGAGACCCUUUUUAAUAAUUUAAAAAAAGAAAAAAAUAUUUUGUUCUGAAGCUUUAUGGAGAACCAGGAGAGAGAAAAAGAGACUUUUAUAUAUAUAUAUAUCUAUAUUUCUUCUCUGCUUUUAUCCGUAGGAUUCUGAAAUUGGAGGGGACAGUGGGAACUGAUCUUCUCUUUAACAUGUGGUUUUUUUAAAAAAAAACUUCUUAUUCAGGUCUCAUUUGGCAGACUCCAAAUCUUCUGUAUGUGGUGAUGGAAUGCAGUUCUGAUUCCUCUCUCAAUAUAUUUUUUUUCUUUUGUGCAAUUUUCCAAGUCAGAUUUUUUUUUUUUAAAGACAAAAACAAAAAUUUGGAAGAGGUCACAUAGAUCCUCCGUGUUUUGCUAGGAGAUUCAUUCUUGUAGGUCUCUUGCCUGGCUUGCUGGCCUCAUUCUCCAGAAUGUUUUUGGUUUUUUUUGUCUAUAAAUGAGAUUUUAUU